GAGAGAAAGAGAGAGGGAGGGAGGAGUGAACGACAGACGGGAAAUGAAUCGCAAGCUGCAGGAGAAUAGGUUGUCAGCAUUCAGAGCUCUGAGGUCUGACUCUCAUUAAAGCGUCCUUGCGUCUCUCUCACCUCCAGGAUGGAGGGGCUGCUGCGGCUGAGUCUACCCGGAGCUUGAGGAGCCUUCCUGGGCUUCGUCUGCGUCAUCCUCCCCCUGUCUCUCUUUGCCCUGGUCCCCCUAUACUCAUCCAUCACUCGACCUCUGCAGUACAAGAGAGCAUCCGGACCCACACGACACCUUCCACCUAAUCCCCCCCACUGAAUCGCCAGGGCAACCAUGGACGGACUACGCCUGCCACCGGUCAUCGAGGAGGCCAUGGACCCUGCAGAGGACAUAUGUGACCUGAAGGUGGAGAGGCCUGGCAUUGUGGACAUGCUGACGGCCAAAGAGAGGGAGUCCCUGGAGGAGAACGAUGAGAAGGAGGAGAAAGAGAAGGAGGUGGAGGUGGGGAACGGAGAGAAGGGCCAGCAGGAGGAGCAGGGAGAGGAGAAGGAGGUGAACGUGGAGGAAGAGGAGGAGGUGGAAGGAGGAAUGUUAGAGGAGGAUGACUUGGAGGAGUUGAGGUCCCAGGUGUUGCAGCUGGUGUUGGAGCUGGAGGAGGCCAGGGAGCUGUCUCAACAACAUGAAGAGAGCUUCAUGGAGCUCCAGGGUCUGUUGGAAGACGAGCGUCUGGCUAGUGCUCACCAGGCAGAGAGCUUUACCAGACAGAUCCAGAGACUGCAAGCUCAGCUGCGUUCGGUCCAGGAGGAGAUGGACUCUCUGGAGGAGGAGAAGGAGAGUGAGCUGGGGGAGGUGCAGGAGGAGCUGAGGUCUGCCCAGGAGGAGGUGCUGGUUCUGCAGCAGGCGGGGGAGGAGGCGGCAGCGGAGAGGGAGAACGACAUCGCCUCCCUGCAGGAGGAGCUGUGUCGUCUGAGGGCCGAGCUGCAGCGUCUCCGCUCCACGGCCCAAGAGUACGAGCUGGAGAUCACCACCCUGCGGGCCGAAAUCAGUAUGAAGAGCAUGAGGAGGGAGGGAGAGACUGACGGUGAGGUAAGCCAGCUGACGGCGGAGUGUCAUACCAUUUCAGACGAGUGUCAGGCCCUGAAGGACGAAAACAAACAGCUGAGCCACAAACUGCAGCAGCUGCAGCAGCAGCGAGCCGGAUCAUCUAUCAUAACUUUUUGUCUGGGGUCUGAUGUGUCAGUAACAAGCUGUCAGUCCACAGAUCAGACAAGAUCACACAGCUCCAAUGAUGUCUACAUGGCCUUGAGAGGGGAGGGGGACGAAGACCAGAAGGAUGAGGGUGUUGGGCAGGAUGAGGAAUCAGUGAAAGCUGGAGGCUACAUGACCCUGUCCCAGACCCACGGUGGGCAGACCCAGACUGGGCAAGGUGGGCGCUUGGUGGAUGCAUCCAUCCAGAAGAACAUCUCGUUUGAUGGCAAGCCCAUCACCAAUUGGAACGGGGGACCCACUGAAGUCUUCUCCCUACGAGACCAACUCAAACUGGCUGAGGAGAGGGCCUCGCAAGUACAGAGACAAUGUGAAGGGUUGAAGGGGGAGCUUACGGAACUUCAGGGGCUGUUUGACUGCAGCCAGAAGGAGAGGGCGGAGCUGGAGCAGGAACUGCAUCACUGCAGGGUGGAGCUAGAGAGGCUGGGCGGCAGGAAGUCACAGAACUGCACUCCUCCGUCUGAGCCCCCUGUUCUCUCCAUCCCCUUCAUAGGAAUGAUUGUAAUAAUGGCCCUGAUAUGGUGCUGGUGGGAGGAGCUGGCGUCCUAGAGGGGACCAGGAGAGCGAGGGAGGCUGGAACCUGGUGGCGGUGGUUGCCAUGGCAGUGCUUGUAGUCCUGAUAGUCCCCAGCCUUUCCAGAGCGUUU